AUGGACGACUGUGCUCGCGGCUGUGCCGACGUCUGCGACGGUUUCGUCGACUGCGACAAGUCCACCAUCUGCUCUGAGGCCUUUUGCGACAAUUCCAACUGCCAAACCGAAGGAACCGCCUGCUUCGACAAAGACUGCAUCGGCUCUCACUACGACCACGACGCCUUUCUCUCCCAGAGCGGGCCCCUGAGCUGGGACUGCCUGAGCUUGGUGCCCGACCGCUCCAAUAACUGCGGCUUUCAUGACGACGGCUUAGAGAGCGCCCUUUCUUCGCAUAUGCACUCUCCAGGAACUGCCAUCCCCUCCGACAUAUCGUUAUCCCUCAAAGACUUGGGCCACAACUUUUAUGCUAAUCAGAACUCUUUCAACUCUCAACCUCAUAUGCCUCCUCCGCAAUGUAUAAAUCACAAUCUCGACGCUAUCUGUGUGAGCAAUAUGACCGACUUUUGCCACACUCUCGGAAACUGCGCAUACCCACACCGAUCAGCAAAUCCACCUUCGACUCUUGGAAACUGCUCUGAGACCUCCGCGCCUUAUGCAUCACUACACUCUUCUCGAACACCACAUCAUCAUUACCAUCACAGAUACUCCUCCCUUCACACACUAGGAUCACAAUUUUCGCGACGACGACUAGAUGCCACUCCCACUGUCACAGAAUCGACACGGACUACUCCCAGUUUAAGUCUCCAAUCAAGUCCGGUUCCUACUUCAUCAUGUCGGGACCUAAACAGCGUCGGCCCCUUUGAUUCACCAGACUUCUUAGGCACAGAGGAACUGCAUAUCUGUCGAUGGAUCGCUCAUAGCUCUGACAAUGCAAUCUGCGGAGCAAUAUUUCCCGAUGCGGGCAGCCUGCAGAAGCACCUGACGUCGGUCCAUGCUGAUCCACGACAGGGGUGUCAAGGACAAGGCUAUUAUUGCUGCUGGGACGGAUGUUCCCGGCCGGAUGAGCCCUUUUCCCAGAAGUCCAAGCUCCAGGGUCAUUUCUUAACGCACAGUAAUUAUAAAAGUUUUCAAUGCUCUAUAUGCGGUAAACCGUUUGCUAGACAAGCCACGCUGGAGCGACACGAGCGAAGCCAUCGUGGAGAUAAACCUUAUAAGUGUAAAGAAUGCGGGAAGAAAUUUACAGAUAGUAGCGAGCUGAAAACGCACAUGCGCACUCAUACGGGCGAAAAGCCGUUCAAAUGCACGCACCCGGGCUGUACCUUUGAAACUGGAGAUUCUUCGAAUAUGUCCAGCCAUAAAUUAACUCAUGGUGAGAGGAAACAUAAAUGCCCGUACCCCGGGUGUUCAAAGAGUUUUACAAGGCCAGACCAGUUAAAACGACAUCUUAAAGGAACCCACAAACACACGAAUAUAUUGCCUGUCCGGUUAACGUCGCCUCUUCGAGACACGUCUAUCCCACAAGUUUAA